UUGAGUUUUGAGUAAUCAACAGCUGACACCCCCAAAAUGUUUUUGUGAAGGAUAAAAGUUGUGUUUUCUAUAUAAUUAAUGCGGUUUUUGCUUUUUUCUAGAUAUUGUUUAUAAGUGUUUUUGUUUCAAUACCCCGUAACUUAAACGAACUCUUUAUGCCGAAGCUGCAGGCGUUUUACUUUAAAAUAUCAAAUUGUGUAAAGAAAGUCUAGCAAUAUGAUGCCUGUAAAGGAUAAUCAAGAUGUGGCUUGCUUCUUUUGCACAAAACACACAACGUGGAAGGGAAAAUACAAAAGAAUUUUUUCUGUGGGCACACAAGGGAUUACAACUUACAAUCCUAACAAUUUGGAAAUCACAAACAGAUGGGCCUACAGCGAUUUCAUAUCUAUCACUCCCUUGAGGGGUGGAAAUCACAAUGAAUUUCAGAUUACUAUGAAGAAAGAGAAGAAGGUUGAUAAAAUGACAUUUUCUUCUGAUCUUAGAACAUUCAUCCUAACAGAAGCUCUCAAGUUUAGAACUCACUUUUCUGAAAAACCCAAGGAAAUACUGAGAUACCAAGCUUACAAACAUCACUGGUCUGAUAUAAGAUUGCCAAUUAUACUAGAAGUCACAUCAUACUCUUUAGAUCAACUGGAUCCUACUAGUAAUACAGUCCUUGCCAGUUACAAUUUCAAAGAUUUUGAGGGAAUAUGUACAGUUUCAGAUUAUCCUGGAGGAUUUGUGAUAGUUUGCGGAGGAUUUGGUCGUUUGCAUUUAUUUCAAUCGUCACAUUAUGAAAGUAUCAAAAGUAAAAUUUUGGAAUCUGCAACAGCCAAUUUAGGAAUAAAUAUCAAACUGUUAAGUAAGCCAAUAUCUUUAGAGGAUUUUCAAGUUCAACGAUUUGGAAAGUACAGUGAUGAUGAGUACAUUACUGCUGUAUCUGAAUUCUCCGUGUACAAAAUUCAAAAAGCUAGACAUAACGAACCUGUUAGAAGAACGCUGUGUCUCUCGGAGCACUGUAUAUUAGAAAGAGAUCCACAAACCUACAGUAUUUGUACUCUACAACCGUUAAACAAUAUUUUCGCUCUCGUAAGAGAUAACAGUAAUCUGCAACUCUUUUCCAUUGAGUAUCUAAAUGGGCAGACUAGAACAUACACUACAACUGAUAGAGAUUCACUAUUAGCCUCAUUGUUAGAUGGUGUUAGAGCUGCAGGUAAUAAAGAUGUGCAUGUGACGAUGGUUGCCACUGAUAGGGGGUUGAGGUUAAGUCCUCUGAGCAUACCCGUAGACGAAGAAGCAGAAAGUUUACACCUAAAGUUACUCAUGAAUCCACCACCUUCCAAACCCUUUUCGCAAUGUUUGAGGAGGUUUAACAGUAAUAUUCCUUACAGCGGGCUUCUAUACAGCAUAACACAAGAGGGUAUAUUUUCAGAAAAUAAAGAAAAACUUAUCACAGGCGUACUGCAAUCAUUAGUAUCAAAGGAAGGUGACCAAAAAACCAUUAGUUUAGUCGAAUUGGAAGCUCAGUUCCAAGCACUAAGACGUCUUGUAGCCAGCAAAGUAGGAUACGCAUCAUUUACAAAAUUACCUGGUUUUAGGGAAGCCAUAGGACACAAAGUUAUUGCAGCAUUGAAAAGAGAUGAUUAUGCCGUGACUCAAGCUGCUAUAGAUGUCAUUUGCGCAUUGAUGCAUCCGAUGCAUGAUGAUUACGAUUUAAGACAGGAACAACUCAACAAGUCGUCGUUGUUACAAACCAAGCCCUUCCUAGACAGUCUUUUGAACAUGUGGACUCAACAUAUUGCAGUUGGUACUGGUGCCUUGAUCGUAUCGGCCAUGUUGGAUUUUUUAACGUUCGCUUUGUGUGUACCAUACAGCGAAACGACGGACGGAAAACACUUCGACACUCUUUUGGAAAUGGUUUCCGAAAGAGGAAGGAUGUUGUUUCGUUUGUUUCAGCAUCCAUCAAUGGCGAUAGUAAAAGGAGCUGGCCUAGUCAUGCGUUCGAUCAUCGAAGAAGGAGAGUCCGAUGUAGCGGAAAAAAUGCAAAACUUGGCCCUUGCCGAAGGAGCUUUACCACGACAUCUUUUGGCCGCUCUCUACACUCAAGGAACAGACGGCAGACUGCUGACGCAUAGACAGUUGUCUAGACAUCUAAUCGGCCUUUGGGUUACAGGGAAUCCUAUUGCCAUGGGUUUAUUGAAGAGGAUAAUGCCUACGGGAUUGAUAGCAUUUUUGGACUCACAAGAUCAAAUACCGAAAGAUGCGGUCGAACAAGAGAUGUUAAACAACAGAGAUAACCUCAAGUUAGCCCAAGAUCAUGCGAACAAGACAAAAAGAAACCCGAACUGGGUAGCCGUAGAAAGACAACUUAAGCUUAUGGAAAAAAGAGUCGAACAUUAUACCAAUCUAGCUUUACAGCAUUGGGGAACCACCGUAGGUAUUCAGCUGAAACGAGAGGAGAAGAUCAAAGAACGACCGAUUGUUUUGAGGAGAAGGAGGGAGAGGAAGAAAGCGGAAUCCAAUUGGCCGCUUUUUUAUUGGAAUUUCAAUAGGGACCAUUCCCUACCUAAUUUGAUAUGGAACCAUAAGACUAGAGAAGAAUUGAGAAGUGCCUUAGAAGCGGAAGUACGGAAUUUCUCGUCAGACAGAGAAUUAGCACAUUUGACUCUUGUAGCUUGGAACCAUCAAGAAUUUGAAGUAAAUUAUGCCUGUCUUGCUGAUGAAGUUAAAAUUGGUGAUUAUUACUUAAGACUGUUAUUAGAAAUUAAUGACGAUGAUUCUCCAAUUCGUAGAACAUAUGAAUUUUUUAAUGACUUAUAUCAUAGGUUUUUGUUAACUAAUAAAGUUGAAAUGAAAUGUUUAUGCCUCCAAGCCAUGUCGAUAGUUUAUGGGAGAUAUUUUGAAGAUAUCGGACCGUUCAGUGAUACUAAGUAUAUCGUAGGAAUGUUAGAAAGGUGUGUCGAUCGUUUAGAGAGGGAUAGAUUAAUAGUGUUUAUCGAAAAGUUAAUAUUACAUCACAGAAACGUCAGAGAUAUUCUCGAUGUAGGAGGCGUUCAAAUUUUAGUGGACCUAAUGACAUUAGCACAUCUACACACAUCAAGAGCCAUGAUACCGACUCAAACCAAUGUCAUCGAAGCUGGUCCUGGUAUGAAAAUUGCCGAAGAAAAAGAAUGGUAUUACAAUCGUGAUAAAGGGAGGGAAGGACCCGUUUCGUUCAGUGAGAUGAAAGACUUGUACGAAAAAGGAAAAAUCAAUCACAAAACUCGAUGUUGGGCAAUGGGCAUUACCGGAUGGCGACCCCUAUCCCAGCUACCUCAAUUGAAAUGGUACCUUUUAGCCAAAGGCUCGCCAGUACUAAACGAAAGUGAGCUGGCGACGUAUAUAUUAAAUAUUUUAAUAAAAAUGUGUCAGUAUUUUCCAAGUCGAGAUGCAGACGACGCUGUGAUAAGACCUUUACCCAAAGUAAAAAGACUGUUGUCGGAUCAGGCAACCUUGCCAAAUAUCGUACAGUUGCUGCUUACUUUUGAUCCUAUCUUAGUUGAAAAGGUGGCUACACUGUUGUGCGAAGUAAUGACAGAUAAUCCAGAAAUGUCCAAACUAUACACGUCUGGUGUGUUUUACUUUAUUAUGAUGUAUACGGGUAGUAAUGUGUUGCCUGUAGCGAGGUUUUUAAAACUAACACAUUUGAAGCAAGCGUUUAAAACUGAGGAGGAAGCAUCACCGAUUAUACAGAAGAGUAUUUUAGGAAGGCUUCUUCCCGAAGCAAUGAUACAUUAUUUAGAAAAUUAUGAGGCUGAAAGAUUUGCCCAAAUCUACCUAGGGGAGUUUGAUACGCCAGAAGCAAUUUGGAAUUCUGAAAUGAGGCGGAUGCUGAUAGAAAAAGUGGCAGCUCACAUUGCAGAUUUUACCCCUCGUUUACGUAGUCAUACUAUGGUCAGAUAUCACUACAUUCCCAUACCCGCCGUUAGAUAUCCACAGUUAGAACAUGAACUGUUUUGUAACAUAUUUUACCUACGCCAUCUGUGUGAUACUCACAAAUUCCCUGAGUGGCCUAUUCCAGAUGCAGUUCGACUGUUGAAGGACACACUGGAAGCUUGGAGAUCGGAGGUAGAAAAGAAACCUCCGUUAAUGACAUUGCAUGACGCGUAUCAAACUCUUGGGCUUAAUGACAAUAAUCACGAUGAAGCUACUGUAAGGAAAGCUUAUUACAAGUUAGCUCAGCAGUACCAUCCUGAUAAAAAUCCAGAAGGAAGAGAAAUGUUUGAAAAAGUGAACGAAGCUUAUGAAUUUUUAUGUAGUCGAACUAGUUGGACAGGUAAUGGGCCCAAUCCAAAUAAUAUUGUGCUGGUAUUACAAACUCAAAGUAUUUUAUUCAGACGAUAUUCUGAAGAUUUACAACCGUACAAGUAUGCUGGCUAUCCCCAAUUAAUUAAAACAAUUAAAAUAGAAACUGCAGAUGAUCAAUUAUUUUCCAAGAAUGCUCCCCUUCUUACCGCUGCUUGUGAACUGGCCUAUCACACAGUAUACUGUUCUGCCCUAAAUGCUGAAGAACUGCGACGUGAGAAUGGUUUAGAGGUAAUGUUAGAAGCAUAUACUAGAUGUGUCGACGUUCUCAAUAAUUCUUCAAAGUCUGACGAAGUACCCGUUCAAGUUUGCACACAUAUAACAAGAUGUUUUACCGUAGCGGCACAGUUCCCAGCCUGUAGGGAGAAAAUGGUAGAAUUGAAGCAGCUGGUACAUGAUCUUUGUAGGCUUCUAUACUUUAAGCACUUGACCAAACUGUGUUCCGUUGCAACAGAAUGUGUUACAGCACUUUCCAUGGAUUCGAUACUGCAAAUGGAAUUGCUUAAAUCUGGCGCCUUGUGGCAUCUACUACUUUAUAUGUUCAACUACGAUUUCACAUUAGACGAGGGAGGCGUAGAAAAGAGCGAAGAAGCGAACAAACAAGAAGUCAGUAAUAUGCUUGCGAAGAAGGCGGUGCAAGCUUGUGCAGCUUUAGGAGGAUACGUACAAGGGGAGGAUAAACCACCACCUAAUUCGCUUACGAGAGGGAUUUUAAAAGAGCUGUUGACCGGCUAUCUUAGCGAACAACUUGGAGAUGAAAAACCGGAAGAGAUCUUGAAGAUUCUUAAUAGUAAUACAGAAACGCCAUACCUAAUUUGGGAUAAUGGAACUAGGGCUGAGCUUAUGGACUUUUUGGAGACACAAAGGAAUAAUAGAAACCAAGGCGAUUUCUAUAAUCCAAAUGAAUUCAAGUAUUCUGCUCAUGAUGGGGAACACAAAAUUGGCGAUAUAUUUAUCAAGAUUUAUAAUGAACAACCAACGUAUCCGAUUAAGGACCCCAAGGGCUUUGUGAUAGAACUCCUCAAUUACAUAAAACAACAAUCCUCAGACCUCCUAAAUUUAGUAAACAUAGCGUUUUCCGUUACCAUAGAAGAUAGGUUAAAAUAUACUGUGAUGACACUCGAAGCUUUAACAAAUGUGAUAAGAAAUAACGUCGGCGUCGAAACACAAUGCAUCGGCCAUUUUAGAUUACUGUUCGGUUUACUCAAUGUAAACUAUAUUCCAAUCCAAAAGGGGGCACUGAACGUUAUUUCGUUGGUGACGAGGAAUAACGACUGUAUUACUGAUAUAGCUACCAGUGAAGUAUUAGGGUAUUUGUUGUUGGUGAUUUAUACUCUCCAAGAUUCGCAACCGCAGACUUUGGAAGCUCUGUAUGCGUUGAUGGCAACUACGAAGAUUGUGAAGGAAGCAUUAAACAAAGGGGCGGUAAUCUACCUCCUCGACCUCUUUUGUAACUCAACAAAUCCGAACGUAAGACAGACGUGCGCAGAAUUAUUAGCGAGGAUGAAUUUGGAUAAGUUGGUGGGUCCGAAAGUGAGGUUAGCUUUGGGCGCUUUCCUGCCGCCCAUAUUCGCGGACGCAAUGCGGGACAAUCCCGAGGCUUCGGUGACGAUGUUCGAGAGCGCCCACGAACACCCGGAACUUAUUUGGGAUCAAGAUGCCAAAGAUAAUGUGUGCAAAGUGGUAGCUAGAUUUAGAAGAGAACACCAGACUGAACAAAGUUGCAAUCCUUCCAUCCAGUGGAAGAUGCCAGAUACCAACGGCCUCACGAAUCUCGCCACGCCCAAUGAAGUUGUCGUUGGCGGUGUUUAUCUGAGGAUUUUCAUCGCUAAUCCGUCGUGGAAUUUGAGAAAACCGAAGGAAUUCCUCACGGAGUUGAUGGAAACUUGCCUUAAUCUUAUGAGUAAAGACAAACCUAAUGUAGAAUAUUUAGAACUAUGUACAACUGCCUUAUGUGCUCUGCUGCAAUCACAACCAGCUCUCUUAGAUCUGGUUCCGUCUAUGGGACACAUUCCUAGACUAUGUCGACAAAUGGGAUCUAAUAUUAGACAAAUAGUUGUACCGAAAUCUGCCAUAUGUAUACUUAACUCAUUAUCAAUGAGUACGAUAUGCGUUAGCGCCAUUGCUCAAUCGGACUGCAUGCACCCUUUGAAGCAGGCCAUGCAGGUGCGAAAAGACAUGGUAGCCGUGGCCUGCGAGGCCCUUAACAGGCUGUUUUCCAGUAAUCAGGACCAGUUGAUAAAACAGGCCUUAGAUGUAGAAUUUGUCCAGUUCUUACUCACGUUAUUAGAAGCUAGAUUAGAAUUAAUCGAUAAUCCGGCCAUGACAAAAGCACAAAUAGUUAAGGCCCUUAAAUCUAUGACCAGAAGUCUGUUGUACGGUGAGAAAGUGACUUCGAUUUUGGAGAAGAGCAGCAUUUGGUCUGAAUAUAAGGACCAAAAACACGAUCUGUUUAUUUCUAGUACUCCUAUUUCCGGGUAUUUAACAGGUGGUACACCUGCAACUGCCGGUUACUUGACCCAGGGACCUAGCGCCAAAGUAAAUUCUGCUCCACCUCCAGUAGACCGAGACGAUCCGCUCAUAAGAAAUGACGGUAUCUGACUUAUGAUCCAUCGUUCCUGUGAUUAUGGUUAGAACAAAUAAAAAAGUAUGACGUAUGCUACUUGGUAAAAGCUGAAUUGUUCCUAUUGGUUUGCAUUAGACAUAAAUAUACUAUCGCUGUGAAAUACUCUCUAAUAGAUUUAAAAAGUGUGUUAAUCCUAAAUAACAUUCAUUUUAUAUUUAAUUUACAAUUUCUGGUUAACAUCUUUUGUGACCAUGAUAAUUUCUCAAAAAUUUUUUUCGUAACGUUUUAACUGAAACACUUAGACCUGUAGCUUCCAAAAGCUGCCUUUGAAACUGCAAGUGAGAAAUUGUUGGUACUCUUCUAGCUGCUUAGACAAUGAUCGUGGCGAGUCGUUGUUACUUUUUGGCGACUUUACCUUGCUCUAUUUUUAAGAUUUAUUAAUUUCUGAUACCUAGCAUAGGUUUUUACACAACCCUCUGUGUUACGCAUACCACUGCAACUAUGUCACUCUGAGACAUACCUUGUGCCACAAGACCAAUAGUCGUUCUUCCUUUGCACGGUCUAUAGUCGCACAUAAGGCAUACCAAAAGUCAUUUUAUUUUCGUUCAAUUUACAAUUAGCAAAUUAGACCAGGGCGCAUCUGUAAAAAUAUUAGUACGUUUGGAUGUGGAGAGGUGACUCAUAUUUUUUUGCAGAAAUUGCUUGUAAAAAGGUCAUAUAAUAAUAAUUGAAUUAUCCUCCUACUCAAAAAGGUCCGGAACAUUGUUUAAAUAAUCAAAAUGUCAAAAAAUGAAGCAAAAAUUCGAGUUUUUUCCUCGUUUUUUGAUUAUAACUUUAAAAGUAUCCAUUUCCGAGAAAAGUUGGACUGACAUAAAAGUUGCGUAAUUAAAUUUCCUACAAUAUAGGAUUAGUUAAAAAUAUUAAAAUUUGUCACCCUUGUUGCAAAAUAGCAAUAAUGGCGAAAAAAACAUAAAAGACAGGUAUUCGCAUUUUACGUUUUUCAACCAUUUGUGCUACACUUAGGACCUUUAUAUUUCACCCAGAAAAUAUUUAUGAUAUAAUAAAACAAUACUGUAAAUUUCAUUAAGAUUGAUUUAAUAGAUUUUGCAAAAUAAAUUUCGCAAUCCAGCUUUCGCAAAAAAUUUUUCAAAAUGUUGCAGGACUGAAAAUAGCACUUGACAGCAACUUAAAUUUUUUUUACAUAUAGAAGUAUACUGUACCUUUCAUUUGCAAUUUGCAAAAUUAAAAUGAGUUAACUACCACGGCGUCAGGAAUUUUUUAAAUAAACAUUAAUUUUUGGUGCUACGCGCAGGACAGCGGAUACGUUUACUCUGGUUGGGCAUUCCAAUGACCUUUGAUAAUGAUUGGUAAAUUUUAAUUUGUAGUACAUUUCGAUCUAAAUAAAUAAAUUUGUUUAUUACAAAAUAAAAACACAUACUCUGUCCUUUGAAAUAACACUUUUUUCAGCAAAUACUUUCUUUGUUCAUAUAUUUUAACUUAGAGAAUAAACGUUUAUUAUUUUUAAACAUAUGCAAUUGUUUAAACAAUAUUUCACAAACAAUAAUCAAAUUAGUUUGAUUUUUGUGGAAUUAAAAUAUUAAAAUACAACAAAAUAUAGAGAAAGAAAAUAAUAUAUUAGAUAAAGAGUGGAAGAAAUUAUGGUGGAAAUCAACUUAUGUGAAACGAACUCCGCUGUCCUGUCCGUAGCACCAAAAAUUAAUGCUUAUUUAAAAAAUUCCUUACGCCAUUUUAAUUAACCGAUUUUAAUUUUGCAAAUUGAAAGGUACAGUAUUCUUCUAUACGUAAAAAAAUUCAACUUGCCAUCUGCUUUAUUUUCAGUCCUACAACAUUUUGAAAAAAUGAUUUUUUUUGCAAAAGCUGGAUUGCAAACUUUAUUUUGCAAAAUUUAUUAAACCGAUCUUAAUAAAAUUUACAGUAUUGUUUUAUUAUAUCAUAAAGUUUUUCUGGGUAAAAUAUGAAGGUCCUAUGUAUAGCUUAAAUAGUUGAAAAACGUAAAAUGCGAAUACUUGUUUUGUUUAUGGUUUUUCCGCAAUAACUGCUAUUUCGCAACAAAGGUGACAAUUUUUAAAAAUUUUAACCAAUCCUAUAUUGUAGAAAAUUUAAUUAUGCAACUGUUAUAUCAGUGCAAUUUUUCUGGGAAGUGAAUACUUUUAAAGUUAUAAUAAAAAAAAUGUGUGUGUGUACUUUGUACGCACGUAAGAAGUUAUACUUCUAUUAUAUAAUUUCAAAGAAAUAAAUAUACUUGACAGGUUAUUUGUAUUGUAUUUAAAUAAUAAACUAACUUUCUUACCUACCACUUUUAAAACAUUUUUAUUAAAACGAUACCAAAAAUAAAAAAAAAAGAAUAUGAAUCGUCCGGGAUUUGAACCUGGGACCUCUCGAUCUCCGGUCACACACUCUCCCACUGAGCUAUAUUCCCUUCGCUUUGACAGGUUACAAGAUUUCUCAUACAUACUGACAAAUUUAAUAGACCAAGUGAAGUAUACAAAAAUACUUUAAAUAUACUUACUAUUAUUAUAAAAUAUAUUAUUCCCGAGGAAGACAAAUCCAAAGACACGAAAAUUAUAAUAAAUAAUACAUUUACUAAAAACACUAAUAUAUCCUUUUGUAGUAAAGAAAAGAGAGACGACCGGUUUCGCUGUCUACAAUAUUCACAGCAUCUUCAGGUCACGGUAAAAGUAAAAUUAAAUGCUACAAAUAAUAAAAAACCAGAGUUAGUUAAGUGGUCUGGUUGAAAUCAAAAGGGUAAUGAUCAAGCCAAUAUUAAAGUAUAUAUAUUUAUGCAUAUAUAUACUUAUACUUAACAUACUUUUGUUGCCACUACAUUUGAAUGCGUGCAUGUAUGUGAGUGUGAGGGUUGUAAACCAUAUUUACGUACAUGUUAGUAUUUAUAUGUAUGCAUAAAUAUAUAUACUUUAAUAUUGGCUUGAUCAUUACCCUUUUGAUUUCAACCAGACCACUGAACUAACUCUGGUUUUUUGUUAUUUGUAGCAUUUAAUUUUACUUUUACCGUGACCUGAAGAUGCUGUGAAUAUGUAGACAGCGAAACCGGUCGUCAGUUGUAAAAAUAAAUUGUUUGUGAGAACGUCUCUCUUUUCUUUACUACAAUAGUAUGGACUCACACAUGCAACCCAUUCAUUUUUUACUAAUAUAUCCUUUUAAUGACUUAUUUGCGCUGACAGCGCUGAUACAUAUCUUGAAAGAUUAGCAACGAACUACAUACUGUCUGUGUGCGCAUGCGCCCGGUAUUAUAAAAUUUCACUCUCAAUCGUAAAGAAGUAUAACUUCAAAAACGAAGAAAAAAAUCGAAACUUUCCUUAAUUUUUUGACAUUUUGAUUAUUUAAACAAUGUUCCGGACCUUUUUGAGUGGGAGGAUAACUUAAUUAUUAUUAUAUGAGUUAAUUGCAAGCAAUUUCUGCAAAAAAUAUGAGUCACCUCUCAACGUCUAUCUCAAGAGAGAUGCACCCUGGACUAAAUUAUAACGUACCGAGUUGUGCUAUCUCAUUGUUUUAGCGGUUUGUUUAUUUUCAAUAAAAAUCGUUAUUCUUCGCAACAAUAACAAGUUUUUUCAAAAGAUAUAAAUAUGGGUUUGGAAUACAUGAUGAUUCCAUAUAAGUUUGGUUAUACAGUAAGCGCCAUGCUAGUAGACACACAGGUACCUACAUAUGUAAUUGCUAUGCUUAUGGGCUAAUCCAGCCCGUCUCACAUCUGACUUUCAGGUCUGUCAUGCCAUGUGAUUGUCACAUCAUGCAUAUUAUGUAUUUUAUAACUUUAACACAUGAUAAUAAUAACAAUGACAACUAUAAACUUCAAAUAGAACUGUUCUAUAAAGUGUCAACUCUCUGUUUAUCCAGUGAUGAGCGCGCUAAUAAUCAGCAGAAUAACGCAAAAGAUGAAAAACAUAAUACAUUGCGAAAUAAAGAGAGAUGAAACUAUACUAAAUUUCAAUAAGUGAUGCAGGGCAUGUAAACAACGAUUUUAGUAGUUAAAGAUGUUCAAAAUUUAUCUACUCGUUCCAUAGUAACAGUAUAUUAUUAAAAUCACUUUAUCACUUCUUCUAUUUAGUUUUUAUUGUAUAGUAUAUCAAUUGUUGUAAUCACUGUAUACACAGAUAGUGAAAAAAUAAUCUUAUUAGUUCAAUAAUUUAAGCCAUUAUACAAGUAACUGUUAUCCAAAAAUAUUCAAAAACUGAACGAAAUAGCCAUCCCUAUGUUGCUGAUGACGACAUCGCUGUCAACUAAUGUUUACAUCUCCUGCAUAGCCUAUUGAAAUUUAGUACAGUAGAGAUGGAAAUUAUCGGUGUAAACGUAUAAAUUAAUAUUAUAUUACAUAUAGGAGGAAAAAUGAAAGAAUACCCAUGAACGAACAUAUAAAUCACGCUGUAUUUUCCUGUUACCGUGUCACAAAGAAAAUUGUCCAGUGCAAGUACAUGUAACAAUAAUUAUUACAUGUACUUGCGCUGACCAAUUUUUUGUGUGACACGGUGACAGGAAAAUACAGCGUGUUUUAUAUGUUCGUUCAUGGGUAUUCUUUCAUUUUUCCUACUGUAGUUUCCCACCUUUAGACGUCUGUGACGGGAGUAUUUUAUAAAAUUCUCCUGUCACAGUGAAUGUUGUCAUAUUCCUUCGAUACGUCUAAAGCUGGGAAACUAUGUAAUGUAAUGUUAAUUUAUACGUUUAUAUCGAUAAUUUCCACCUCUACUAGUUUCAUCUCUCUUUACUUUACUAGUAAUAUAUUAUGUUUUCCAUCUUUUGCGUUAUUCUGUCGGUUAUUAGCGCGCUCAUCACUGUAUACACUUUCUGACGUUCUAGACGUGACUAGACAUUUCUAGGUUAUUCAAUGACAUCUCGAAUUUCGUCCAACUUAAUAAAUACUUCUUUUACGUCAAGGGACUUUUUCUAUGUAGGACACUGCAGCAAGGGUCCAGGACUGUAUUAGCUCAAUGCGUGUCUAUUAACUUUGCAGUUACUGUAUAUUUCUAAGUGCACAGCACUUGAGAAUUUUAACACACAAAAGGGUUUGCAGACGUUUCGGCUAACUCUCAUUCUCCCUUGGCACUACUUCGUUGACCUACGAAAUAAAAGCAUAUGACAGUUGAGAUAUGACAUAUGACAGGUACGCAGUGACAUGCCAAAGGUGACAAUUAAAAAAUAUUUGUUACAAUGUGAACUUUACUAACCACGUCUAAUAUAUAUGUAAUUAAGUCUAAUGAUUGAAUAAACAGUAACAGUAUUGAAGUAUCAACCAAGGUAUACGUCAUAUUUUAAAAUCCACGUCUGAUAAACUAUGAACACAUUCCCGAAAAAUAUUAAGCAAUAUAAGACACGCAAAGAAUACCACUAUUGGAUUUAUAAUUAUUGUUUUAUUUAAGGAAUGAAAAUGAUUACAAAAAAGGAUGUAUAAUGUAUAAAUAUGUAUAAAAGUGUAUAUUAAAUAGGUAUAAAAAUGAUUUGUAUGUGCUAAAAGUUAUUUAUAUUAUUCAUUUUAAAAAUAUAUAUUUUCUAUUAUAUCUAGAUUAAAUCUGAAUACUAAAGUGAUACUUUUGUUUCUAACUCUUUUCAAGAGUUUUAUUUGUACAAAAUAUAGUUUUAAAAUUAAGAAA